GGCAGUUGAGGCUCCCAUGCCGCUCAUGCCCGCAAGCGAACCUGUCACGUGACAGGACCCCCUCAAAGCGCUCAAAGCUCUCGAACGACCCGCCAACGGCCCUAACCCGCCUAACCUGUGGCCCUAACUGCCCUAACCUCCUUGCAGCCAGCAUUCGCUGUUGCAAUGUUGCUGUAGUUGCUGUUUGUGCAUGAUGCUUGGCGGUUCGGCUGGUCUGGCCGUCAGGCCACUGCGGCCUUUAACAAAUUUUUAACAUUAGUGAACAAAAGGUUAGUGCGCAAACGAGCUGGUGGGGGUAAAACCGUUGGUUAAACCGUUAAACGUUUGACUGAAAACCCCGAGACUGGGACGAAAAGGGACGGACAAACAAAAAAAUUUCUAACCUUUUGUUCAAAAAAAGGUGUAGUUUUUAAAAUGAUGUUAUUUUGCAUUAGAAGGGCGGGAGGAAUCAUAUGUUUGUCUGUAUUCAGUAGCACCAAAAUCCUUUAGCAUCAGGGCGGUUGCUCCCAAAGGAUCGUCGCAGGCGACUAAGGCUAGGUGACGCAAAGUACCGCCCGUUACAAAGGGUAUCCAUCCAUUCAUGCGCCCUGCCGCCCGCGCCGCCGCUCUAUUUUUGCGAAGUAGGUGAAGACAGUGAAGAACACGGUGAAGAAGACGCUUCUGAGUGCUGUACUUUUAGCGAAUUUGUAAAUCGUUUUUGUAGGUUUUAGCGGGAUUUACUCGUACUCAGGUGGCCCGAGCUCGAGUGUAGAUCGAACGCGGCCCACUUCGGCGAUGUCCAUCCGCGAGAAGAAAGUCAAGCGGGUCAAGACGCAGAACGACGUCUCGAACUCUGGCGCCGCGCCGAACCUAAAUGUGGACUACUUCCUCCUGGAAGAAGAUGAGGCCAAAGCUCGGGAUUCGACGGAAGACGAGGCACUCUUCAAGCGAACGAGCGCCGAGAUCCAAAAGAACCUCAAGAUUCUCUUCGACAUGAAGCUGCAGAAAAGAUCCCAGGCUGACAUGGAGGACCUUCGAGUGCAGACGUCUUUCCUCUUCCUGAUGCUGAAGAAGAUCAACCGCCUGGACAAGCACCGGCUGAAGGUGGCCAGGGAUGCCGUUAACGAGAAGAAGCAGAAGGUGGACAACUUCCACCUGCAGCUUCAGAACCUGACCUACGAGGUGAUGCACCUUCAAAAGGAAGUCACCAAGUGCAUGGAAUUCAGGUCCAGAGACGAGGAGAUUGACCUGGUGCCGGUGGAAGAGUUUUACAGGGAAGCCCCAGCACAUGUGUCAAGACGGGCGGAAACCGACGCAGACCCCCACCAACUGACCCUGGCCAGGCUUCAAUGGGAGCUGGAGCAGAGGAAGCAACUGGCUAAGAAGCUGAAGGGCAUGGAGGCGAUGAAGCAGUCGUACCAGAAGGAGAUUGAGAAGAAGAAGGAGUGCAUUGACAACAUCCAGCCAACCUUACACUCCAUCCUGGAGGCGACGCAUCCACUGCACGCGGAGCUGGGCCUGCCGCUCCAGACGCACCAGCUGGAGCACGCUCACGCAGAGUACCUGCCUCGCCCACUCUAUGUCCUCUAUGUGCAGACCUCGGCCUACCGGGAAGCCUACGGAAAGAGCUUUGACGUGUCGAUCGAGGGAAACGUUGAAGAGUCCAAGGCCCUCCUGGCACCUAUGGAAGAGAAGCCAGAGGAAGACAGUGGGGAGUCCGAUCCAGAGGAAUCCACCAAAGGGAAGCGGCACCGGCGCAUGACACGGGGGAGCAGCACGUCCAGCGCGGCCAAGGUCCUGCACAAGCACCCGCUUAGUGUGGUCCUUGAGAUGCAGCUCAAAGGUUACACGCUGCAGAUGACCUUUGCCUACGUGAUUCCCCUGCACAUUGUGACCGUGGUGGCCAAGGUCAUGGAGCCUCACGGCACCUCCUGUGGCGUGUCUGCCGUCCCCGCCCUGAGCCCACCCUCCGUCUUGGACAACCUGCUCGGCGCGGACAACGGGACGAGCUCUCCCAACCCGGCCAACCACUUUCAGCUCAAGAAGAACGGCCUGGAGGACUUUGGGGCGGUGGUGAGCGAGGUGGGCAAGCCGUACCGCUGGGCCCAGCGGCUCUCGGGGCUCCAGUUCCUGGGCACGGGGGCCUCGGGGAGCGGGGCCCCCGUGGCCAGCCACGAGCUGGGACGGGCCUUCGUGGAGCAGGUGGCCACGGCCGUGCGCCUGCGCUUCUCCGCCCGGGUGGCCCUCUACGAGCAGCUGCUCUCUCUCGAGAAGGGCGUUGUGACGGUGCCGCCGAGCAUGGUGGACCACUUUCCAACCAAGGUGACCUCUGCCCUCAAGCUCUGGACCCAGGUCAGCCGAGAGGAGGUUGAGGGCCACCCUUCGUACUGCAAAAUGGAGGAGCUGGGCCUGGUGACAGGGGAGGAGCUCACAUACCAGGCGGUAUUCCGCAGGGGCUCUGCCAUGCUUAAGGCGUUCAUUCUGCUUGGAUACAACUAUCCAUCAGAGGCACCCCUGUUCCUGCUCACCCUUCAGCUGAGAGAAGAACGUUCCAGCAGGGACGACGACUCUGUCAAGGAGCUGGAGCGUGAGCUGAACGUGCACUGCGUGGAGCGCAUUGGAGCGGAGCAACGGGAGCAGCUGCUCAGCUACCAGCUGCAGCAGCUGCUCGUGGCCAUGGACGUACUCCUGGAGUCGCAGUCCUCUUCAGACGGACUCGACUGCCCCAGGGAGUUCUCCAACGAUACAGUGCUUGCACGCGUCGUCAGGGGUCGCAGCAGAAGCCGCCCUUACAAGUUCCUCUCCAAGCCAGGGAUCUUCACACAUCGGCUGUGAAGGCUGACCAUGAAUCAUCGCACAAUAAAAAUACCUCGACUAAUCAAAAA